AUGCUCCUCGGCCCUUUGCUGGCGGCUAUUGCACCAGCAUUGUAUAUAUACCUGGUCCCGCUGAUUACGCCGCGACUCCCAACAUUGGAGAACAAACGCAUCUGCCUCUUGAUUGCGCACCCGGAUGAUGAGGCCAUGUUCUUUGCGCCAACCGUGUUGGCCCUCACCAAACCAGAUACGGGCAAUCACGUCAAGAUUCUGUGUUUGAGCUCAGGCAACGCCGACGGCUUGGGUGAGACUCGCAAGAAGGAGUUAAUCAAGAGCGGCAUGAAGCUCGGUCUGCAGAAGGAGGACGAUUUCUUCGUCAUUGACAGCCCCGACUUUCAAGACUCCAUGACCAACGUAUGGGACAAGACCAAGAUUUCUACCCUCCUCGGCCGCGCCUUUGCUCCGCAGCUCGCCCGCCAGCGCGCUGCCAGUGAGGAGCCCGACGCCAACAUUGACGUCCUCAUCACGUUUGACUCGACCGGCGUCUCCUCCCAUCCGAACCACAUCUCUCUAUACCACGGCGCCCGUGCCUUCAUCGCCGCCCUCUCCGACCCGCGCUGGACUUCCCCCGUCGACCUCUACACCCUGACCUCGGUCCCCUUUGCGCGCAAGUACACCAACUUCCUCGACGCCAUCCCCACGCUCUUCUCCUGGGCCACCACGGCCGGCAGCAACCCCCCGAAACCACCCAAGAAGCCAAAGAAGGAGGACGACGACAGCGACGACGAGGACGAGGAAGACGACAACUACCACCCCACGGCGCUCGUGUUCCUCAGCGAGCUAGGCGCCAAGGGCGGUUGGGCUACGGCGUGGAGUGCAAUGACCACGGCGCAUAAGAGCCAGAUGGUAUGGUUCCGCUACGGCUGGAUCUCGUUGAGUAGGUACAUGGUUCUCAACGACUUGCGACUGGAAAAGGUCGAGGCCGAAGAGGAGACCAAGGCGUGA